AUGUCGCCGGCAUCGACUCCACCUGCCAUCAAUCAGAGCGCGGCUACAAUUACCCAAUUGCUUGGCGCGCAGCGCGAUCCUCUGGCAAUUGUCAUACCUGUCACCGUGGUUUAUUGCCUCAUCUUUCUGACCGGCGUCGUGGGCAACAUUAGCACCUGUAUUGUGAUCAAGAAGAAUCGCUCCAUGCAUACGGCCACCAAUUACUAUCUGUUCUCGCUGGCCAUAUCGGACUUUAUGCUACUGCUGUCGGGAGUGCCGCAGGAAAUGUACUUCAUCUGGUCCAAGUAUCCGUAUGUAUUCGGCGAGUACUUUUGCAUAGGUCGUGGCCUGUUGGCCGAGACAUCCGCCAAUGCUACUGUAUUGACCAUCACGGCGUUUACGGUGGAACGCUAUAUGGCAAUUUGCCAUCCGUUUCUUGGGCAGGCCAUGAGCAAGCUGAGUCGCGCCAUUCGGAUCAUAGUGCUCAUCUGGCUGCUGGCGGUGCUUACGGCCAUACCGCAGGCGGCACAGUUCGGCAUCAAUAGCUAUGCGGGCGUCGAUAAGUGCGUCGUGGUGCGCGUCAUAUUGCAACACUCUUUCCAGCUGUCCACCUUCAUAUUCUUUUUUGCGCCCAUGUCCAUCAUACUGGUGCUGUACUUGUGCAUUGGCCUGCAUCUGUAUCGAUCGAGUGUCAUUGGCGGCGGAUCACCAACAGUUCCUGUAGCCGAGAGCAGCGCGCGGCGCCGAGAACAGCCGCUGAAGGCGGUAGCAAGUGACACAAUACUCUAUCGGUACGCCGGCUCCAGCUCGGUUUUGGCCAACAAUGCGGGGCCACAGCUGAGUUCAGUGCGUGGACGCCUCACUCAUUAUGGCACGCGUCGUGUGCUGCGGAUGCUGGUUGCCGUUGUCAUCUGCUUCUUUCUGUGCUGGGCACCAUUUCACGCACAGCGUCUGAUUGCCAUUUAUGCGCCCGCCCGGGGCGCCCAGUUGCAUGAUCAGCAUGAGCUCCUCUACACGGUGAUGACAUACGUCUCGGGCGUGCUCUACUAUCUGUCCACCUGCAUUAAUCCGCUGCUCUACAACCUGAUGAGCAACAAGUUUCGUGAGGCCUUCAAAGCCGUGCUGCUGGGCAAGAAGUACUCAAAGGGCAUGCAGCAUUCGCGCCAUCAGCUGGAGUCGCGCCGCUUGCGUCGCACCACAACGCUUAAUUCAUCGACGCAGCGCGAUUCCAUUGAGUCGAAGCACACGCUAAUGCAGGUCUGUCCCACUGAUCGUAUGAGUAAUAUUACUUAA